UGGAGUUUUUACGUUUUAGAAAUGGAUGACAAUCCCUCAUUUCCGUCAUACACUCCCACACCGAUUCGACUCUUGGAUGCGUCCAAGGAGAGAGCUUCGGAAUUAGUUUAUAACCCGACUCCCAUUGAUGAACUCGAUCGAUAUGCUCCAACCAAUUUUUCGGUGGCAUAUGCACCGGUUCCAUCUACAUUAUUUGCCCCUGAAGUACCUACCUAUUCUCCUGUUGUUCCGGCCAGAGCUACUGAAAGUGCUUCCCGCGAAACUUUUGGAUAUGCUCCUUCCCAAGUUGCCUUAAGAAAUGAGGCUCCUAAUCUAGAAUGCAAUUCCGUGCAUUCGUAUGGGACGAAACGGCCUUCAUCAGCGGAAACUGCUGUUGACGUUGCUGAAAAACGCAAAAAGAUUCUCUCUCUUUACUCUGAUUUGUAUGAAAAACCUGAAGAACCACUUCCACCGUCACACCAUAGAUUAACUUUACCAAGGUCUGCACCGGUAGGUGUGUUAUUUAUGCUUGUUUUAAUAUCGCAACAGUCUUUAAAUGUAAAAUCCAGUCCGGAACCGUCGGAAACUCUGCCCAAAACUCGACCCAAGCAGCCACUGCGACCAAGCAACAAAAUUCCAAUGCCUAUUCGUAAGCGUUAUCUGGAGCAGUUCAUCGAGGUCUGUAUAAGGAUUUGUGCGUCUUCGCCGGAGGCCUAUGCUAUGGCUUUGCGUGAAGAACAAGCUUGUCAUGAUAAGGCCCAGAAUCGGCAUAUCUAUCUCCAUUCGGUCAUCAGCUGUCUAAAGAAUCUAAGUUCUCAACCAGCCUACAAACCCGAGCCGGCGGCAUUGCCUGCAAAACAUAGUGAAAAGCCAACGGUAAAGAAGUCUCAUUCGUCGGGUAAAGAUCUUGACGAGGUGGUCAAAGGUAAAGUAGAUGCGAUGUUCACAGACUUACAGUUUCUACAUAUGCAUUUUUAUUACCAUCAUUCAAAGAGUCGUGACGUGGUGGUUUUUAUGUUGCCUCAUUGUAACUCUAUUUACGAAGUGGAGUGUCUUAAUAAUUACGAACGUCUACGUCAAUCAAUAGGUCCAGUGUUUUACAAAGAGUUAAAGCCUUUUCUCCUGACCGAGGAGGAGCUCGUUCAUAACAAAUUUCCACGACCCGACAACUCGGAAGGUGCUCCUCGGGGAAAGGCGAUUAUUGCUGUUCCUGAUGAGAAAAAAAAUGCUGUAGAACUAUAUGCGUUCAAGAAGCGCCUUUGUUGUCGAUGCGGCAAAGCCUAUGAAGUUGACGAAUUUGGGGUGGCAGUUACGAAAGCCGAAUGCGUCUAUCAUUGGGGCAAACCAAUCCGCCGCAGAAUGCCCGGUUCAGGUUUCGAUUUGCACUACACCUGUUGCCAAGCCGAGAGUGGGCAAGAGGGUUGUCAGGUCGCUCCUAAAGGUCACGUUAACGAUACAAAUAAGUGGUGUGACCUGGAGGGGUACCUGACAACUCUGCCUCCUGCGUUAGAAAGUUUGACUGACGAACCGCGGGUCAACGUCUACUCCCUCGACUGCGAAAUGGUCUAUACCACUGGAGGCUGUGAAUUGGCUCGCGUCACUGUGAUAGACACAAAUCUGAACGUGGUUAUCGAUAGGGUCGUUCGACCCCUCAAUCCCAUCAUCGACGCAAACACGCGCUUCUCGGGCCUGUCGAUCGAGCAGUUGGAGGCCUCACAGCUGCAAAUCACGGAUGUGCAAAUGGAGCUUUUGCAACUCUGGGACGAGGAUACCAUCCUCAUUGGACACAGCUUGGAAAGUGAUCUCACCGCCCUUAAGGCAAGCCACUUGAUUUGUGUUGCCUUGGCUAAAGGUUGGAUUUUUUCUCAAAUUGACGCAAUAACACUUUUGUGUUGGCAGUUCAUUCACAGCAAGGUGGUUGACACCUCAAUCACCUUUCCGCACAGGAGGGGGCCACCCUACAAACGGGCUCUCCGAACAAUCGUCAGUGAAUAUUUGGAACAGAUCAUCCAAAGUGAUGGUUAAGGCCGGUCAUGA